AGCGGGAGCAGCUUCCACGUGUUUGACCAGGGCCAGUUCGCCAAGGAGGUGCUGCCCAAGUACUUCAAACACAACAACAUGGCCAGUUUCGUGCGGCAGCUCAACAUGUACGGCUUCCGCAAGGUCGUCCACAUCGAGCAGGGGGGGCUGGUGAAGCCGGAGAAGGACGACACGGAAUUCCAGCAUCCCUAUUUCAUCCGGGGCCAGGAGCUCCUCCUGGAGAACAUCAAGAGGAAAGUCACCAGCGUGUCCAACGUCAAGAGCGAGGACGUCAAGGUGCGGCAGGACAACGUCACCAAGCUGCUGACGGACAUCCAGGUGAUGAAGGGCAAGCAGGAGAGCAUGGACUCCAAGCUGGUGGCCAUGAAGCACAGGAGGCUGGGAACCACUAGAUGGAGUGCAGGGAGCAGCUCUGGGAUGUGCUCCGGGCACUGGGAGCUCCCCCUUCCUUCCAGGAAUUACCCAGUUCAUCAGGAAAAACAAAACAAACCCAAACCCAAACCAAAAGAGGUGUUUGUGCAAUUCCUGAGAUGUGAAACGCUGGAAUUGGGGAUUGUUGGAAGCCCAUCAGGGAAAUGGGAAGGUAAAGAGGGGAGAGGAUCCCAAUUAAACGAGUGAUUAAAUGAUUAAAUGAUCCAGUCCUGGAUCCCAGGAUGCUCCCAAGCCUCUCCCAGGGCUCUCCCUCUCCUCCCUGUCCUGUGUUUUUUGAGGAAUUUUUACCUGUUCCUGGGGGUUUGUGUCGUGCUGCACCCCUGCAGUGGGGUUAUCCCACAUUAUCCCACGUUAUCCCGGGUUUUUCCAGGUUAUUCCCUCCCCUCCACCACUCCAGAGUCAACACCCCUCCUCCUUUCCGUAGGGAAAGUGGAUUUUGGGGUUCAGACC